UUGUAGACAAUCUGCUAAAACAAUCAGCUUACUCCUGGGCACUGCGCAUGUACUUUACCGUGUUUGUGUUUACGAACGUUGGACUGUCCCUGUCCUUUGAAUUCUUAUUUGUUACUUCCGGUUGUAGAAGGAAGCCUUUGUACCUGAACUAAUUUUUAAAGACAUUUCGAGAUGUUUGGUUGCUGCUAAGUUGGUUCAUUCCUGUGCUUCCAGCAGUAUGUUCGCUAAGGAUUCAGGAACUGGGAGAGGAAGAGGGCAGUCAUCCUGGGGAAAUGACUGGAGAGGUUAUGAUAAUGAUUCCAGUUUUGGACGCAACCAGUCUCAUGACAAUAAGGAUGAUUUUCAACAUCAGGGCUUUGGAAGAAACCUAGAUCAGGAAGAUUCAGAUACUUCAAAAAUUGUUUGCCAGAAUUUUCUACAAAAUAAGUGUAUGCGUGGCAACAAUUGCUUGUUUCUACAUCCUCCUAAUGCAUCAGGUUCAUCAAGUUCAAACCUUAAGAGACAACAGAAUCCUUGGCUUAACUUCUGCAUAGAUUUCCAAAGAGGGCAGUGUCCAUUCUCAGAUGAUUGCAGACAAUUGCAUGUCAGCAGACGGGAUGAAACUGAAUAUCAGUCAACUGGAGAUAUUCCUGCCGGUGUUGUGGAACAGGCAAUGUCAAAAGCAAUGGUUAUGGAAUGGGCAUAUAUUGGCACUCAUCCUCAUUGUAAGGAGUAUUUGCAAGGAGCAUGUAACAUGAGGGGGUGCAAUUAUCGACAUCUUAACACAGAUCAGUAUGUUGUAGAAGUACUAGCUGCUCUGAGAGAAAAAUUCAUGAUACCUCAUGAUGAAAUGUUCCAAGAUACCAAAGGAAGUGGCUUUUCUGGGGACAAUCAGGGAGGUAGUCAGUUUGGAAUGCGCCAGCAAGAUCCCAAGAGGUUUGGAAUGAUGCAAGGUGGUGAUGAGUUUGACAUGCAAAAGCGAGAAAAUAAUCAAUUUGGGAUGCGCCAGCGAGGAGGUAUGCAGCAGCAAGAUAACAAGGACAAUUUUGGAAUGCGUCAAAGAGGGGGUGAUCAAUUUGGAAUGCUCCAGGGACUUAGGGGUAACUUUGGAGGCAAUGAUUUUGAGCCAGAUACAAAACGCAUGAGAGGGAUGGAUUUUGAUGAGGACAAAAAUUCAAGAAAUAGGAAACAGGGCAAUGAUAAUUCUGUUGUGGCAGGAAAUGAGGACUUUUUAGAUGAACUUCGUAGAAAGAACAUAAAUGUUAACAAGAAUAAUGAUGAAUUGAGAAAAACUGCACAGAAUUUGGAGAACGAAAACCAAGAACUUCGUAAAGCUCUAAGAUUAGCACUAGACCUUAAUGCUCAUGCAAGAAAUUUACAAGAAUUUAGAGAUCACUUAAGAGAAAUACAAACAACUCUGAGAAAGAGAGGCUACAGAGUAGAAAAAUAUUCCAAUUCUGGCUCUUGGAGUGAUAUGCCAAUGGAUAGACCACUCUCCAGUCAAGAAGGCAGAAUAAGUGGUGGAGGUGAACGAUAUUCCUUAAACAUGGACAACAGAGACUUUGACAGGAUGGAUAUGCCGCGCUCAGGUGCUAGCCGUUUUAAUUGGUAGACGAUGAUUAUUUAGAAAAGCCAUUGCAAGUCCCUCAUUAGAAUUUAAGAAAUUAUUAUCUAAGAUAAUUCCAACUUGCUGAAAUAAUGUGGUAAAACCAAAGUAUUCAUACUGUCACAAUUUUGUGAAGAGACCUGGGAGAAUGACUUGUGUCUUGGUCAUUUUGUUAGGUGCUCAGCAACUACACAUGCUAAAGAUUUCAGUUGAAAUACAUUCAACUAUGAAUAGAUUUUGAAUCCAAUAGGUCAGCAAAAAUAAGUUAGAAUCAUAAUUGUUUCUGUAAAAGGUGAUCUGUAGCUAUGGAAAGGUAGUUUUGCAAAUGAUAAAAAAAUAUACAGGGUUUCCAUAAAGUCCCAGUACCAUUACAAGUAAUGAAUACUUGAAAUCUUGAAAUGGUACUGGGACUUCAUGGCCACCUUUUGUAAAGGAAUUGCAUGUUAUGAUUGGUAGGAUUGUAUAAUUUACCAUUAUUUCAUUAGGGUGUGUUAAUAUCAACUUUUGUGGUUGUUAACUCGCGAUAGAUUGUUAAAGAAAUUACCUAGCAGGGUCAAAGUCUAAUUUGGUGAAGACAAGAUUUAUAUAAAUAUAGUGAAAGGCAUUUUCUAGAAACUUAAGCAGUGAUGGUGUGCAUGUACGUAUGUCAGUGUGUGCAUUAUCUACACAGUAGAAGCCACAGGAUCAUUUUUAUUACCCGGGGGAGGGGGACUAAUAUUGUUAACCAUCAUGAAAGAUAAUAAUAAACUUGUAGGAUUCCAUCCAUCUUUUCUCUGGUAUCUUGGUAUAAUUUUUUUAUUGCCCUUGUUAGCAUAACCCACACAGACCUUAGAGAAAUCAUAGUCAAAAGUUGAAAUCCCACUACAGUAAGUUAUACUGAUGAAACUUUAUGCAGGUGUCAUGUUCACUGUUACAAAUCCAAUUGCUGAGCAGUUUGCUCUCCCAGUUCCAUAGAGCAGUAAAUUACAGGAUGUGAAUACUUGGGAUUAUCAGAGAAGAGAACUCCAAUUUCUGAAACAUAAUGAUGAAAGGACUGUAUUAGUAUUAAGAAUGCUUGUUUCAAAUUCAGUAAUGAGUCAUAUAUCCAUUAAUAUCACCAGAGUCAACCAUCAUGUAUUUUUAUGGUAAAUCUCAUGCAAUAGUUAGGUAUGCACUUAGUCUCCAUGUAAGUGAUUAAGCAAUACCAUUUAAUUGUACGUUUGUCUUAACUUGAGUUUCUCGCUUUACUUUGGAAAGUUGUUUAAUUUAUAGUACAAAACCUGUUGCAGUUUGUGUUAUAAUCCAGCAUAUAUUACUUUUAAAAUAAAAUUACCAAUGAUC